UUUCGAAUGUGUCCUCCCCUUCGUUGCCCUUUCUUCACGAUCACUUGUUUAUCGAAGCGAGGCACAGACUCGUAUAUAUAACCAUACAUUUCUUAUUGUAUUGUGUAACGUUGUUUGGAGGUGGGCAUACACUUUGUAUCUGUGUUUUGCUUGUGUUGCUAGCUACUGCCAACGUUUCUACGGUCGAGUACGUAGCAAAACUUGUGACUGUGCGGAUCUACUCAAAAUGAACAGGUUGCAAUGCCUUCGCCACUAUUGCACAGCCAAAAAGCUGUUUCCGCCCGUCCUGACACCGAUGCUACCACCUGGCACCUUCAAGAACAAGGUCGCCAUCGUCACUGGCGGAGGCACUGGGAUUGGCAAGGGGAUGACCGAGAUGUUUGCACAGCUUGGCGCCAACGUCACCAUAAUGAGCAGGAAGCAGGAAGUCCUGGACAAAGCAGCCAAAGAGAUUUCUUCGAAAACUGGCAGCAAGAUCCUGGCCGUCGCAGCAGAUGUCAGAGACCCUUCUGCUGGAGCAGCAGUGGACAGGAGCAUUGAUGAACUUGGCUUGCCUGACAUAGUUGUCAACAAUGCAGCAGGAAAUUUCAUCAGCCCAACCGAGAUGCUGUCCACCAAUGCCUGGAAGACUGUUGUGGACAUUGUGCUUAACGGGACAGCCAUUGUGACAUUGGAUGUAGGCAAAAGGCUGAUUGAGGCUGGAAAAGGUGCAAACUUCCUGGCUAUCUCUGCAACCUACACUAAGCACGGCUCUGGAUAUGUUGCGCCCAGUGCAGCCGCCAAGAGUGGUGUCGAAACACUCAUGAUGUCACUUGCAGCAGAGUGGGCAAAGUACGGUAUGCGCUUCAACUGCAUUGAGCCUGGGCCUGUCUACACCAAGGGUGCCUCCAGCAGGCUAGACCCCGAUGGCCGCUUUACCGAAGAAGCCGUGAAGGGUGCCAUAGAGAGGCAAGGGGAAAUACCCGAGGUUGCCAAUUUGGCGGUGUACUUGGUCAGUGAUUACUCCAGUUGGCUGACAGGAGAGGUUAUUCGAAUGGAUGGGGGUCACUUAAACUACCAUGCCAGCGUUUUCAACAGGCUUUCCGAAGUACCCAAGGAGCAGUGGAAAGCCAUUCAGGCUGCCAUCAAGAGUGUCGAGGGUUCGUGAUAAUUCUUGGUUUGGCAAGAGUCAAGCAAGAUAUCCUCCUGAUGUAGAAGCUCCGCUACGCACUUUCUAAUGUUGAACGCUCCUUGAAUGGUGUAAUCUUAGGAAUUCAUUUAGGAGGGUGGUGGCUGACUUCCACGGACUUCUCCAACAGUGGCUGCAUCUACAUGUGUAUACACUCAAACCUCUAUAUAGCGAACAUGGAUAUAACGAAUUAUCGGUUAUAACAAAGUAAAUGAAGAAUAGUCUUGUCAUAAAUACAGUACUAGAAAUAAACGUUUAUAACGAAUUUUCGGAUAUAACGAAGUUAUUCUCGUGGCAGAUGUGACUUCGUUAUAAUGAGGUUCGAGUGUAUUGAUAGCAGCCCUGGUUUGCAUCUUAGAAGGUAACAGUGUCAUGAAGCUAUGGACAUCUUAAACAGUUCCUGUAGGGCUGUACAGUGCUGUCCACAUCACAGGGCACUAGCCAUUUUCUCAUCACAUCAAAGAGGAAGGUUUUUUCCUUGGAGAUUGGAAGCUGCUUUACACAUUCGGCGCUCAGACGAUGAAACGCAAGGCCAUAACCAAAGAUACAUAGUCUUUAUGUAAAAAAGCAUGUUUGUGUGCUUUUCUCCAAAAAUCGACCCACUAACUCAGUUUGGAACCUUUUAGCAUAAUUCUAAAACUAAAUUGCCAGAAGCAAUCUCACGAUGAUUAUUAAGUUAGUGCAAGAGUUGGUGUUCCCUGGCCGCUUCAGUUUUGGCGUUACUAUCUCAUGGAUCAGCCCAUGUUGCUAUCGUGCUCAGGAUCAGGACACCGACUCGAGAUAUGUAGUACAUUCUAACCUCGAUAUAACGAAUACGGAUAUAACGAAUUAUUGGUUAUAACAAAGUAAAUGAAGAAUAGUCUUGUCAUAGACAGGGUGUUAAAAAUAAAUGUUUAUAACGAAUUUUUGGAUGUAACGAAGUUAUUUUUGUGGCAGGUGUGACUUUCUUAUAACGAGGUUUGAAUGUGUAGUGUAAUAGUACGUACUACU